UGAGACUAGGUCCCUCCAAAUCCAGUAUUCCAUCCUUCUUCGUUUUUCGCUGGUCUCUCUUCUUUCCUUUCCCCUCUCUUUCGAGGGUUUUUCUUUUUCUUUUCUUUUUUUUCUCUUUAAUUUUUCCUUUUAUUUUCUUUUUGCUCUUUCUCAGUUUUCCUUCCAUUUUCUUUCAAUCCCAUUUCUUCUUCCUCUGCAACCCUAACCCUAGAAUUCAAGAUGCAGCAACAGAGGUUAAGGCAGCAUGCCAUGAUGCAACCCUCUCUCUACCAUCACCCCGCUCUCCUUACUCCUCCUCAGAUAGAGCCUAUCUUGAGUGGAAAUCUGCCACCUGGCUUUGAUUCGAGUACAUGCCGCAGUGUUUAUGUCGGCAACAUUCAUCCCCAGGUUACAGAACCACUUCUUCAAGAGCUUUUUUCGGCUGCAGGUGCCCUUGAAGGAUGCAAGCUUAUCAGGAAAGAGAAGUCAUCCUAUGGUUUUGUGGACUACUUCGAUCGGAGUUCUGCUGCAUUUGCUAUUGUAACUCUCAAUGGGAGGAAUAUUUUUGGGCAACCUAUUAAGGUUAACUGGGCUUAUGCAAGCAGCCAGAGAGAGGAUACCUCAGGUCACUUUAAUAUUUUUGUUGGUGACCUUAGUCCUGAGGUCACAGAUGCGACGUUGUAUGCUUGCUUCUCUGUAUAUCCUAGUUGUUCUGAUGCAAGGGUAAUGUGGGAUCAGAAAACAGGCCGUUCCAGGGGAUUUGGAUUUGUUUCUUUUCGGAAUCAGCAGGAUGCUCAAAGUGCUAUAAAUGAUUUGACUGGAAAAUGGCUUGGAAGCAGACAGAUUCGUUGUAAUUGGGCAACAAAAGGGGCCAGUGCAAGUGAUGAAAAACAGAGUUCGGAUUCCAAAAGUGUCGUGGAGUUGACUAAUGGAACAUCAGAAGAAGGCCUGGAAAUAACCACUGAUGAUGCCCCCGAGAAGAAUCCUCAAUAUACCACGGUUUAUGUUGGCAAUCUUGCUCCUGAGGUCACUUCUGUUGAUCUCCAUCACCAUUUUCAUUCACUUGGUGCCGGAACUAUUGAAGAUGUUAGGGUGCAACGAGACAAAGGUUUUGGGUUUGUGAGAUACAGUACCCAUGCUGAAGCAGCUCUUGCAAUACAGAUGGGUAAUGCUCGAAUUCUCUUUGGCAAACCUAUAAAGUGUUCAUGGGGUAGCAAACCCACUCCUCCAGGAACUGCCUCUACUCCUCUUCCCCCUCCUACUUCUGCAAAUGUGCCUGGUUUUUCUCUUGCUAGUCUUGCAGCAUAUGAACGCCAAAUGGCUUUGAGUAAAAUGGGUGGUGCACACGCCCUUCUGCAUCAGCAAGGACAGCAUGCCCUAAAACAGGUAGCCAUGGGAAUGGGUGCUCCAGGGGCUGGUUAUGAUGCAAGGUUUCAGAACGUUGCUACCACCCAGCACCUAAUGUACUAUCAGUAAAAUGUGUUGUGUAACUCCCUGCGAUAAAAAAGGGAGGAUUAAAACCGUAAGAACAGUUCUACAGUACCCGUUUAUGUCUUCCUCUUCUCUGCUUUUCUAUCUUUAGCCUCCAAAAUUUUCUUUUGUUCUUAUUUAUGGUCGGUACACUUGUAAUGCUACCGCUGCGUGCAUGAAUGGUGUCUUGUAUUUUCUAAUGACGAUCAUUCCAUGGUUGUAUUGUUCGUUAACCUUUGCGGUUUGGGAUAUUAAACUUUGCUUAGUUCUGUAUUUCUGUCUUUAUUAAGUACAAAAACUUGUCAUAAUCUACCUUUCCUCUU